GAAAAAGAGAUUCAAGAAUUGUAUCAAUUGCUCUCAACAGAACUAAAAGAAACUGAUAUUAGAGUUAAAGAAGAUGUUGUAGAUAGAUCAAAAAAAGAAGAAAAACAAAUGAAAAAAAUGAAAGAUGAACUAUUAAAUCAAUUUUACGAAAUGGAAAAGCAAUUAAAAGAAAAAAUUGAUCAACUAAAUCAACUAUUAUUAAAGCAAUCUGAACUAAAUGAACAACAAAAAAGCGAUCAUAAAGAUGAUAAAGAAAAGUCAAAUACCUUAUCUAAAUCUAAUGAAACUCCCACUAUUUCAAAUGAAAAUAAGGAACCAACCCCACCAAGUGAUAGUGAACUUACAAUCGAUGAAAGCCCAGAAAAAGAAAAUAAAUCAAAAGAAGAAAAAGAUGAAAAAGAUGGAAAAGAUGAAAAAGAUGAAAAAGAUAAAAAAGAUAAAAAAGAAGAAAAUAUGGAAACAACAACAACUAGUAGUAUUACAACUGAUAAAGAUUCUAUGAAAUUAAAAAUUACUUUUACAAAGAAACCAGUAGAAAAAGAAAACAACAAAGAAAUUGAAAAUAUUGAAUUGUUAAUCAAACAAAAAAAGGAAGAAGUGGUAAGAAAAAUCGAAGAAAUUAAAAAAGCAAUGAACGAUAAAAUUAUGAACUUUAGUGUUAAUUUAGCAACUCAAGGAAGAGAAUUUGAUAGACUUGUAUCUUUAGAAUCUAAUGAAUAUGAGAAACAUUUGGCAAAGAAAUUUUCAGAUAUGAAAAAAGAACUAAAUGAAAAUACCGAUGCUCUUGCAACUUCUUUUGAUAUAAUAGAUAAUAUUUUAGUUAACCAAGCACAACAAUAUCAACAUCAUCAACAACAAAAACAAUCUUUUAAUCCAUAUAACCAACAACAGCAACAACCAUUUAACCAUUAUAACCAACAACAACAACAACCAUAUUAUUCGCAUCAAUCAAAAUCACAACAAAAUAAACAAAAUUAUUUAAUUAAAUAAAACUAAUUAUCUAUAAUUUAUAAUCU